UAUCGAUAUAAACACAUAUCUUCAGUUGCUAUUAACCCACAAAUGAAGGAAAAGAAAGGAGGCUUGAGGGAGAUGACAUGAUGCAAAGGAACUCUACCAACAACACGAACAACAACAGCAUCUCUAAUAACCCAUCGUCACAUCAAGCCUGCGCUUCAUGCAAACACCAACGAAAGAAAUGCAACAAUGAAUGCAUCUUAUCCCCUUAUUUUCCGGCUCGAAAGACCAAGGAGUUUCAGGCCGUUCACAAAGUGUUUGGUGUUAGUAACGUACAGAAAAUGGUACGGACCGUACGUGAUGAGGAUCGUACCAAGCUGUCUGAAUCUUUGACAUGGGAAGCUCUAUGGAGACAGAAAGAUCCGGUUCUUGGCUCAUAUGGGGAGUAUAGGAGGAUCAGUGAAGAGCUUAAGCUGUACAAAAGCUUAGUUCAUAACCAACCUGUCAUUGGUUGGGAUAAUAAUCAUCAACGUUUAAUCAACAAUAACAACAAAAACGGAUUAGUGGUAAACUCAAGUGGAUCUGGUGGGUUUAGUGUUAAUAACAAUGGUGUUGGUGGUAACCGGGACGUUAUUAACGGCGGAUUUAUAUCGAGGAAUUUGCAAGGUGGCUAUGAAAAUUUAAGGCAAGAUCAAAGGCAACAAUGUUAUGCAGUGAUUAAUGGGUUUAAACAGCAUCAUCUCCCUCUAAGCAAUUGAUUCUUAAGUUCUUGUGGAUAUGAAGCCUGCAUGCUACAUGUUUGUAGUUGCUUGUGGCUUACUUAUACGUUAUUGAGCUUUUUUCUUCUUAUUUUAAUGCAAUUUCUGGUGUAUUUUAUAAUGUCUUCGAGGACUAAAAACGUGUACGGUAAUUCAUUAAUAUUAUAGGUCAUCUCAUAAGUAUGUGUACUGUGUGCUAUAAAUUUUUGAAUUAGCAAUAAAUAUUACAUGUGUUU